AUGUCAAGAGACGCUCCAAUCAAGGCCGACAAGGAUUAUAGUCAAAUUUUAAAGGAAGAGCUUCCUAAAAUUGAUUCAAUCGCUCAAAAUGAUUACGGCUCUGCUCUAGACCAAUUGUUGGUCUUAGAAAAGAAGACAAGACAAGCUUCAGAUUUGGUCUCCUCGAAGGAAGUCCUGUCCAAGAUUGUGGAUCUGUUAGCAUCACAAAAUAAGUGGGACGAUUUAAAUGAACAAUUGACUUUAUUGUCGAAGAAACACGGUCAACUAAAACUUUCUAUCCAGUACAUGAUACAGAGGAUUAUGGAAUUCCUGAAAAGCUCGAAAACUCUAGAUUUGGACAUGAGAAUCAAGGUCAUUGAAACCAUUAGAGUCGUUACGGAAAAUAAGAUAUUUGUGGAAGUUGAAAGAGCUAGAGUUACCAAAGAUCUGGUGGAAAUCAAAAGGAAAGAUGGCAAGAUUGAAGAAGCCGCCGACAUCUUGUGCGAACUACAGGUCGAGACUUAUGGUUCAAUGGAUAUGUCUGAAAAGAUUCAGUUUAUAUUAGAGCAAAUGGAAUUGAGCAUACUAAAGGGUGACUAUUCUCAAGCCACAGUGCUCUCAAGAAAAAUUCUAAAGAAAACUUUCAAAAACCCUAAAUAUGAAUCUUUGAAACUGGAAUAUUAUAAUCUUUUGGUGAAGAUUAGUUUGCACAAGAAGGAGUAUCUAGAAGUUGCACAGUAUUUGCAAGAAAUUUACCAAACAGACGUUAUCAAAUCAGAUGAGGCAAGAUGGAAACCCGUUUUAUCUCAUAUAGUGUAUUUUUUGGUUCUUUCACCUUACGGCAAUUUACAGAAUGAUUUGAUUCACAAAAUUCAAAACGAUAACAACCUGAAAAAACUGGAAAGCCAAGAAUCUUUAGUGAAAUUGUUUACCACACAUGAGUUGAUGAGAUGGCCAAUCGUUCAGAAAACUUAUGAGCCUGUUUUGAAUAAUGAUGAUUUGGCAUUUGGGGGAGAAGCUAACAAGCAUCACUGGGAAGAUUUACAAAAAAGAGUCAUUGAGCACAAUCUGAGAGUCAUUUCCGAAUACUACUCCAGAAUUACUUUAUUAAGAUUAAAUGAACUGCUGGAUCUGACAGAGACCCAGACUGAAACCUACAUUAGUGAUUUGGUUAAUCAAGGCAUCAUAUACGCAAAAGUUAAUAGACCUGCCAAAAUCGUCAAUUUUGAAAAAUCCAAAAAUUCAAGUCAACUAUUGAACGAAUGGUCGAAUAAUGUUGAUGAAUUACUAGAACAUAUAGAAACAAUAGGCCAUUUGAUUACAAAAGAGGAAAUUAUGCAUGGUUUGCAAGCCAAAUGA